CAUUCUCCUGCGUAGUUGCACCAGUCCCCAUAAUCUCUAGAUUUGAUGACAAGUCUUUAACCUUGACUUUAUCCCAACCGUCCAUUCUCACGUAAUUAAGUUUUGAAUUGAAGCUUCUCCAUGUGGAGCCCACCAUCUUGAAGCACCACAUGGGUCCGUCCAAGACCAACGAAGCGGAAGAUUGGACUUUAGAGUUGGAGGGAAAGGAUCAAUCGAUCACCUAUUCUGGGAUGAUUAAAUUAUUUAACUAACUUAAUCGAUUUUUGAGGUACAGGCAUAUAGCUAUAUACAUUGUUGAUUUUAAGCGAAUACAGCAGGAAAGUUGAGGAACCUUUAACUGAAAUUAAGGUUCUGUCUGCAUAAAGUAUGUCUUAAAGAAAAAAAUAGUCAAGGUUGUACUUCAUGGCCAGGAUAAAACCUCAGGCUCUGCUAGUCCAAAGCAAAAAGAAGGGGCCAACUUGUAUCAGUGCCACUACAAUAAUUGUGUGAACUAGUUGUUGUUUUGCUUGUAUUUGUUGUUGCUUGCUACAUACAAGCAUUGGUCUCAGAGGUCAAUGGAACAAACAGGACUAUCAAAUUUUUGAGGACGCUUCUGGUAGCUUCACAGAUUCAAAGAAGUAUCAUCUCCCGGGUUAUGCUGUUCUGAAUACAUCAAACGAUUAUAUGACAGUAGAACUCUACAAAGAUUGUUCUCGUGGGAUUGUGGACAAAUUUCUUGACUCAUGUCAAAAGUGCUACUUCAAAGGGAUGCCUUUUCAUCAUGUGAUCAAACAUUAUGUAAUUCAAGGGGGGGGGGGGGAUUCCCAAGGACUUGGAGCUGCUGAAGAUUGGACUACAAAAGUGAAGCUUCGUAGUAGGCUUGAUACAAUGUUUAUUAUAUUUAAUUUUUUUUUAAAAAUGCUAUUUAGUGGAUUCUUUUUUCCUUUUUUUUUGGUAGUGGUCAUAUCUAAUUGUGAACAGCCAAGGAUUGAGAUAUUUAUGACCACUGCACCAAUUCCAGAUUUAAGUGAUAAGCAUAUAGUGUUUGGACGGGUCAUCAAGGGAGAGGAUGUGGCGCAGGAAAUUGAGGAGGUGGACACAGAUGAACACUAUAGGCCCAAGUCUCCUAUAGGGAUCAUCAAUGUGACACUGAAACGGGAAAUUUGAGUGCUACUAGGACUUGGUGUAAAGCUCUUCUGUGGGUCGUGAUAACACUGCGAUACCGCAUGUAGUUCGUACCUGCAUUUCCACUUCUCCACAUGGGCCUUUUUUGAGGUGGGAGGUUCGGAGUUUUCUUAACCGAGGCUGAGUGGACAAAUACAACAUUCUGUUUAAUUCCACAUUGACGAUCUGUUGUGAUCCCCUGUGUUAUUGUUAGUCAUUUUUUACCUCUUGUUUGUUUCCUGUACAAGGUUAUUAUUUUGAUUUGGUUCUUCCUC